AUGAGCCACAUCAUUGGGGUCGGGGUCGAUCUCUUGCACCUGCCUCGCUUCGCCGCGCUGUUGAACCGCAAGUCUCCCGAGCGCCUGGCGAAAUAUAUUCUCUCGUCGUCAGAGCACCAGGCCUUUGCGGCAACAUAUCAGGAAGAAACACGGACAGCUCUGUUGGGCGUCCAGUUCUGCGACCUGCAGUUGAUUCCCCCAGAGCAGCGCUCCAUUUUUUAUUUCUUGGCAACGAGAUGGACUGCAAAGGAAGCUGCCUACAAGGCCUUGAGCCCCCGGUACCGCCUCGCAUGGCAUGAAGUCACCAUCGCAAAGGACGGUCGACGGCCUUGCUUGCUGCUAGACGCCCAGUGCAAGUUGGCCGCCAACGUUUCGGCGGCUCAUCUAUCUAUAUCGCACGACGGCGACUAUGCCGUGGCCGUUGUGACCUUCGAGGGACAAACCAAGUCGAAUCUAACUUGA